AUGAUGACGAUCGAUGAUAAUACAGAAUACUUGAACGAUAUUAUUCAAAAGGCGUUCCAGCGCAAAAAUCGUCCAUCGUCAUCUCCAACAUCAAGUCACAAUCUUAAUCCAACAUCAGAAAAAAACCUUGAGAGUGAUGAUGACGAUGAUGAUUCAGAUGUUGAUUUCGACGGAGGAACUCCCAUUGAUUGGGAUGAGAUCCUUUCGUCGAGACUAUCUCAUGUUGAUUUUGAUAUAGUGGAUACCCAGCUUGAGAAGCACAAGAUUCUUGCCAAAUUGAUGAAGUUAGAUGCCGACGACGGUCUUUCCCACGCCUUCACAACCGCCUGUGUAUUAUGUGACAAAUUGACGAAACCCGCGAAUAAUGACCAUUUCAAUCUUAGUCUUGAUCUAACAUGCAAUUUACUAGUUCUUCAAAUAUAUGAAUACAGCUCUUUGACCCCACAAUUUGACACUGCUUUCAAGCUUGCAAGGAUUGCCGAAGCCAUUCUUGACUUACUUCAGCUAGGCAACGGCAAUAAAUCCGAUGCUGAAUGCGAAGCUACAUGGUUGAAGAGAAGUGCAAUAUUGGGAGAUGAUGGUGGCUUGGUGGUUGAAUGUUGCAAGAAGAUUUUCUUGCAACUGGUGAUUGACCAAGUGAAAAAAGAUAACUUGGAAAAAAAGGACAGUAAUUCAUCUUUGAAAUUUAAUGAUUCAGGAUCAUUCACAGAUUUAUUUGAUGAUGUGUAUUCUCGUGCUGAUAUCGAUGGAGAAUCAGCAUUCAAUUCCUAUAACCGUGCCCUAUUUAAUGGGUGCCAAAUGUAUGAAAAAGGUUUUUACGAUUGGAUGCCUUGGAACUUGGAGCCAAUGAAUGUGGAAUUACUAUGGAGUGUACUUGCAGUAUCAACUUAUUCAAUGUAUAAGAUCUACCAAAAUUACCCUACGCCAAAGCUCUCAUCAACAGCCAAUGAAAUGGAAAAUCAAGAAACCCCAUUACAUUAUAAUCCUUUUAUGAUUUUUUUUCUCAAGACCUGGAAAGUUCUUACAAAGGCAAUUUCUCUCGGUUGUUUAAUUGAUCGGCUUGAUGAGGAGGUUUAUGGUCUUGGGACUCCUUGGCCCUUAAGGUGUUGUGUGAAAGGCGCGGCGGCAGUUCGAUCUGUGCUUGCCACAAUAUUGAAUGAUGAAAUUGAUAAAAGAGUACAUGAUAUAUCACACGAAUCUUUAAACAAUUUCAUGAUGCCAUUUGGGCGUAAAGCUGGUCAAGGAGCAUUAACGGAAGAUAUCAGAAAAUAUGUGUCAGCAUUGGUAGUCUUGGGAUAUGACUUGAAUCGAAUUGGGGAAAUGUUUUUGGACACAGAAACUCUGGAUAGUUUGGACGAUGAUGUCCUUUAUAUGUUUGAGUAUGAAUUUUCUGACGAUGAUGAAGAUGAUAACGAGGAAGAAGAUGAUAACGAGGAAGAAGAUGAGGAGGAUGAGGAUGGGGAGGAAGAGGAAGCUGAACAAAAACAGAUGAUUGCUCUAAAGGAGGAUACAGCAGAAGAAUAUUCCGAUUACGAUAAUGAGGGUAAUGUCACUAAUAAUAAGAUGAAGGAGAGCGAUACAGGGAAAAUGGCGGAUGAUGGGAGUGAUUAUAAUGAUUAUGCUGAAAAUUCUGCUCAGAAAAGUAUUUACGUAAAGAAGGAGUAUACUGCAAGGUGUUAUUGUGUUUAUGACGAUCAAAGUGAAGAUGAGAAGGAGGAAGACGAUGAUCAUUUCCACAACGGAGAAAGCGGAGAAUAUGAAUCUAAUAAUAAUACAAAUGGCGAAAAUAAUAAGAGUACUCCUGCAGAAACAACAGAAGGAUCUGAUGAAGUUGAUGUUAAAGGAGUUGUAACUGGCGCCAAAAAAUUUAUCCCUGUCAAAAGUAAUAGUUUCCCUGAUGCCUCUAAAAUAUUCAAUGACAUGCCAAUAGGUGAUAAUAUUUUCUUCAAUACUGAGCGAGAUUUGCAACAAAUUUCCAAGUCUGAAAUCACCAGCCAUAGUCAAUCAGAUUUAUCAGAUGGUGAUGAUACCGAUGAAGAUAGUGAUGAUAGUGAUGAGGACUUCAGUGAUGAUGAAUUUGAUUAUGAUAUUUUCAUCUCAUGGGAAGAUUUGAAAAGCGCAAUGAUCGAUAUGUCCAAAGAUCAAGUGAAUAUCUCAUUGCAGAGAAAAGUAACUAGGUCCGUCUCUGCCGUUGUAACAUGGUAUUAUGAACAGCAAAUAGAAGCGAAAAUGCGCCAAGACAAUAGAAUUUUCAAUGGGAAGUCAACUUACGUUCCUUCUAAUUCUAGUGACACUCCUCCACAAUCUGAAAAUACCGAUACAACCAUAACCAGUGAUAUGGAUACUGAUACCACAAUUUCAGGCUCAUUAGGUAGUGUUGCUUCUGGUAACAACAAUAGCUUUCAACAGAAUUCCGUAACGGAAGCGUGUACUUCCCUGUUUCCAAAGAUUUCUUUGAUUUAUGAGUUUUUAAGCUCUACCAAAGGAUUACUCAAUUCAAUGUUAAGGUACAACUCGAAUGCUACUUUGUCAAUAUUGGAUGAACUAUUGAUGUGUAACGGAUGGAGACAAAAGACUAUUUGGGUGGUAGCCCAUUGUGAAGCGAGUUAUGGAUUGGUAGAUUAUGUACACAGAUUAGUUAUUGGAGGUAUAGACCAGCCAAAUUACAUCACAGAGAAGCCUGAGGCAGCUACAUUUUCAUCAUUAUCAAAUAACCACUCUACAUCUCCAUUCAGAUUUUCUCGUAACGGGAAUAACCAGGUUUUUCUUUCUGGACUAGAGCGCUCUUUUCUUCUACAUGAGUUCUUCAGUAUGGCUUCGGUGAGUUUAUCUGAGAUUGCUAAUUUACAUAACUCUGUGAAUGGAGCAAAUAGCUUAACAGAAGGAUCAAGUAAUUUGGAUAGCGAUAAUACGUCCUUUGCUGAUAUAUCGGAGCGUUAUAAGCUUGCCACCAAAUCAGUCCAUUGGAUCUGCUCAAUGCUUAAGUCUUUGCACGCUAAGAAGAUUAUUGAUUUGGCGUGCUCCGAAUAUCAAGUUGUCAUACAAGGUCUAUUGCUUCCCUGGAUUGGAAAAUUGGAAGUGGCAAGAGGAUUGUACUUUACUAGCAGAGGAGUUGAAGAGAAGUCUCAGCCAAAAGGAAAUGAUUCUAAGUCCGUGAAGAAGGAUAAACAAGGAAACGAAUUAGUUAAACAGAAAAACAGUGGUUCCAAUAAAUCGCCAAUCUCCAAUAUUAAGACAAGUAAUGAUUCGAAGAGGCAAGAGGUUAGAAACCAACCAACGAGCCGCGUUACUAGUAUUUCAACAAUAAGUGAUAACUCUUUAUUUGAUGCACAGAACAACAGUGAUUUGGCUACAUCAAUAUCGAAUCCAAUUAAUUCAUCUAAAGAUGAUGGUUAUAAUGAUGAUGAUGAUACAUCCGAUGAAGUAUUUUACGACCAUUAUAUCAAUAUUAUCAAUGCAAUUUUGAUAAAAGUUUCUGGUGAGGAUGGUGAAUAUGUAGAUGAAAUGGCGUGGUUUAGUCAUAUUGGGGUAUUUGGAAAUCAGUGGGCGAGAGUAGAUUGA